GGACGAACUGGUAGAAGAACUUACAGCGCACACGCCGAGAGCGUACGUUGGUUAUAUUACCGUUUUCUGCCCUUCAAAUGACACUGCUUCUGUGGUAAUCGUAGUGUACGGAUCUGUUUUUUGAAGUACUUGUGGAGACGACAUGAGCAAGAUCGGUAUCAACGGAUUUGGCCGUAUCGGCCGUCUCGUUCUUAGGGCAUCCAUUGACCGAGAGGGUCAGGUUGUCGCCAUCAAUGAUCCCUUCAUUGGCCUGGAUUACAUGGUAUAUAUGUUCAAAUAUGACUCCACUCAUGGAAAAUUCAAGGGCGAGGUUAAGGCCGAGAAUGGAUGCCUCGUUGUUAACGGCAAUAAGAUCGCUGUCUACAACGAACGUGAUCCAAAGAAUAUUCCAUGGGCCAAGUCUGGUACAGAAUACGUAGUCGAAUCGACUGGAGUUUUUACCACCAUAGAAAAAGCCAACGCUCAUUUGGAAGGUGGUGCCAAGAGAGUCGUCAUCACCGCACCAUCCGCUGAUGCACCAAUGUUCGUCGUUGGUGUCAAUCUCGAUGCUUACGAAUCGAGCAACAAAAUAGUCUCCAACGCUUCUUGCACGACCAAUUGCUUGGCUCCUCUCGCGAAAGUUAUUCACGACAACUUUGAGAUCGUAGAAGGUCUUAUGACUACCGUUCACGCUAUCACGGCAACCCAAAAAACGGUCGAUGCACCUUCUGCGAAGCUGUGGCGUGAUGGACGUGGCGCUGCACAAAACAUCAUCCCUGCCUCGACAGGUGCUGCCAAAGCCGUUACUAAAGUAAUUCCAGCUUUGACCGGAAAACUCACUGGUAUGGCCUUCCGUGUACCGGUACAUAACGUCUCCGUCGUUGACUUGACCGUACGACUAGGCAAAUCAGCCUCGUACGAUGAAAUCAAGGCUAAGGUUAAGGCAGCCGCAGAGGGCCCUCUCAAGGGUAUUAUUGGCUACACGGAGGACGAAGUAGUCUCCUCCGAUUUUAUCGGCGACAGUCACUCUUCCAUCUUUGAUGCCAAAGCCGGUAUUCAAUUGAACAAUAACUUCGUCAAGCUAAUCGCAUGGUACGACAACGAGUACGGUUAUUCCUGCCGUGUGAUCGAUCUUAUAAAGUUCAUGCAGACGAAGGACAACUAAGCUCUCGUCGAGCGUUCUUUGUCCAAAACGUUUUGAACGUAUUAUACUGACGUCGUUUCUCUCGUACGAUCGCUUCUCUGCUGUUAAUGAAAAAUUCAUACGGUAAUUAUUGUUAACGGUCAUAGUAGUUCUUCAGAGAAGUUUCAGAAGCAACAGGAGUUAUUUCGUCGGUUUUCCGUAAGAUUUGUCUCAUCGCACAGGAAAUAGUAGAACGAUGAGACGAUUUAGGUGAUCAUUUGUCGCGAACACAAAUACAAAAAAAAAUAAAUAAAUAGAGCUGGCUCUAAAGUUUAUCCUGUCGUUACAUAGAAAUCAUAAGAGCCGCGUAUUUUACUCGUAAACAGUUAUAAGAUCAUCCUAUUUUAAAAGUGUAUCAUAUUGGUAUGAUAAAAACGCACGUAACGUAUCGUUCUUCGCGACUUUUUUCCUUUUGCCUUUUUCUCCCCAUUUUACCUUGCAUCUUUGAAUAUUACAUCAUUUGUGAUUCCCUUUUAGGAUCAUUAAUAAUUAUUUUUCAUUCUCGCAUUGAAACGAAUAAAAGAUUGUUACGAAAGUGAAA